AAUUUUUAAAACCCAUAUCGACAUACUUGUUGAUCAUGGCGGAUCCUACUCGGAGUAUGAAAAUAUAUAUUACGAGAAGCAAGCUAUAUGUAGGCGCCAAAAGAGAGAGAUAUAUCUCAAAUUAGAAACGCAUAUGGAUUCACCGGUACUUUAUUCACAUAAUUCAGAAUAUUUCUUAUAUGCCUUGGAAACAGGUAAUAAUCAAACCUGGAAAGAUUCAAUUGCAAAACAACAGCGACCUUCAUCAAAUUUUAGCAUCAGCAAAAAUUCGCUGUCAACGCAUUUCGAUAUACAAGGUCAAGGAAAUGCAAAUUUAAAUUGUAAUUCUACGCAAGGAGAGCAAUCAUUUCAAUAUAAAUCGGAUAAGAAAAACUCUUCGUCUUCGGCAAUGGUGGAAGGUUUAGCAGAAAGUGGUAACAAUCACAGUAUACAGCAGAUACCAUCAGGCAUAGCAAUGAUGCCAAUACAGAAAACCACUGAUGUGCAGCAGGAAACAUCGAUAGUGGCAUUGGCGGAAGCAGUGGCAGCCAGUCUCGGAGUGGACUCCAAAGAGCCCACCCGGUACUGGACUCCGAUAGGUCUUAGUGUUAAUCACAGUAUACAUGCAGAUACUUAUCAAGGCGGAGAAUUAUCCAAAUUGGCAGAAAGCGUAGCACAGUCGUUAACUGACUACAGCAAGGAGCAACAUAGCACAGAAGAAAAAGAAAGUUUGUCUCAGUCCAUUUCUUAUAAGAAGAAUAAAAACUUAAAUAGUAGCUUAGUAUUGUCUAAGCCUUUGUUAGAAGCACCGAUUCAAUUGUAUACGGAACCCUAUUUGCAACACAACUUAACACAAGGGUCCGACGUCGUUGUAAGAAACAAAAGCAUUAUAACUAGAAAGAGUUAUGGCAAAUUUUCGCAUGGAUCAGAAAAGGUUACACGCAAAUUAAAUGGUUUGCCUAUCAACAAAGGCAAGAAAAAUAAGAAACAAGCAUUCGUGAAAAAGGAAUUUCGAAGAAGAAAAAAUGGUGUUAAGAUUAGAAAGGAAUUUACAGGAAGGUCAAAAAGAAAGUUCAGAAAGAAAGGUAUUCUUUCGUAA